UUGCGCCUGCAGCGUGUGCACAUCUGCUUGUCAGCUGCCGAAAAUUGCCAACCCCUGCACAUCUCAACAACCCUCAACACCAAGCUUCACAUCUCCAACUCGCUCACCAACUUCUCAAUUUGCGAACCCUAUAAUAAUUCAUUAAAUCCUGUUUCACUUUAUCAACUCACCAUGUUUGAGAUCCCCGACGCAAAACGCGUACGGCGAGAGGAUCUGUACGACUCAUCCUCCGAGCGGCACUCCAGCCCCGAAGGAGACGAUGCCGCGGCAGCAGAGCUCCGGGCGAAGCUAAACGCCCGCCUCUCCAGCCUCCUCUCACUAGACCUAGGUGUGCCCGCGGCCACCGCACCAGCAGCAGCAGCAGCAGCAGCAGCAGCAGCGCCGGCGCAAGCACCCACCCCCGCCACCACCAACCCAGCAGACGGGGACAGCGACAGCGAAGAUGACGGCUCCAACAACGAGCAGCAACCAACCCCACCCCAACCCACCGACCCCGUCAUCACCGCCACAGGCGAAGAGGAAUUCGAAUUCCGCCUCUUCGCCACCCCCCCCACCACCCCCUACUCCAGCGCAGCAGCAGCAGCACCACCACCACCACCGCCCAAAGUCGUGCUCGAAGACGAGUCCGAAGUGCGGUACGAGGGGCCCGCGCUCUCCCAGCGGCCGCUGUCGCACCACCUGCGCGGGGAGCUGAGCGCGCAGGAGCGCGAGCAGUUCCGUUUGGCGGCGGUAGCGGGCGGGGAGGUGCGGGCGUGGGCGGCGCGGCGGGCGUGGGGGUUGGAGGUGCCGUGGCGGGUUACGAAGGUUGUGGAAACGACGACAGCUCCUCCCACCGAAAGCACGAAUACCACCGACACUCCAAACUCGAACCCAGAAAGCGAACCCCCCAAGCGACCACUCCUCCAACGAAACCAUCCCUCCGUUCCGCCUCCCCCAGUCCCGGCAGCACCCUCCGCCCCGGAACCCCCGAUCCUCCAGCUCCAGACCAACACCGCCGACAAUAAUGGCCCCCCACCCCAACUCCAAGUCCAACAGCAGCAGCAGCAGCAACAGCAGCAGCAAGGCCAACAACAACCACCGACCCAACCACAGGACUCGCUCUCCCUCGCGCAGCUCCGCCGCGUGGUGGCCGAGUUCCCGCGCGCCGCGGAGCCCAUCGCCUACGACUACGUCUACGCCGACACGUCCCCGCUGCGCGAGGAGAUCGACGAGUGGUUCAUGUACAACUUCUGGCAGUGGGUGCGCCUCAACGCCGCCAACCGCGCCUUCUACACCGCCUGGGUGCGCCUCUUCGCCCCGCCCUCGUCCGCUGCCGCGGCGGCGGCGGCGGCGGCUUCGUCCGAGGCUGGCGGCGGGCCGCCGUGGGAUGGGCCUGCUGAGGGGGAGGAGGGUGGGGAGGGUGGGGAUGGGGAUGGGGAUGGGGAUGGGGGUGCGGCUGCGGCUGCGGAGAGGAGGCGGGCUUUUGUGACGGCGCUGUUGGAGGGUGUUAAGGGCGGGGAUCGGAUUGCGAGGGCUGAGGCCGUGGGGGCGGUGGUGUAUCUGGUGCUGGGGAGGUGGACGGAGACGGUCAAGGGCGCUGGUGUGCUGAGUGAUGAGGUUCUCGAGGGGAAGGCGAGGUCUGCUGCGACUGAUGAGCAGCUGGAGGCGAUGAAGGAGGGGGUCAAGUUGGUGGCGGAGUGUGGGGGGCUGGAAAUUGUGUGGGAGGUGUUGAGGGGUGUCUUUGAGCUGUUCUGGUCUGAUGAACUCCCACAAAACGUGCAAAUGGCGGCUGAGGAGCUGAUCCAUCUGAUGACCGUCCUGUAUAUGGCCAUCCAAGAGGUUUUGGAUGAUCCCGAGGGGAUGGCCGACGUUCGGCAUAGGCUACUUGCCCUGAAUCCCGGCUUGAUAAGCUUCAUGCUUCAGGUUAUUAUGAAGUUACGAUGGGACGAAACGGGUAUCCUCCCGCAGACUCAGAUAUUCCUCCUCUUCUGGAAGUCUAUGCUACUAGUAUUCGGCGGCUCCGAAGAAAUCGCUGAGGCCAAGAAGGCCACCAGCGAGAAAACGGGCUGCGACGACAAGGAGACCAUCACGGCGUCGCCGCUCGACUACCACGCGUUCCGCCAGGAGAUCACCUCGAAGUAUCCCGCCUACAUUCCUCCCCAACCUCUCCUACCCCUGGAACCAGAGCAGAACACCAUCAUCCCCCAGCUGCCCAACCACCCGCCGAGGAACAACGGGUCUAACGGGGUCCUUCCGGCCGCCCCUGGCCCGGGUGGGGGUGCCUCUAUUCUGCACCAACCCGUCCAUAUCGCCACUCCCGCUCCAUCACCACCGCCGAGCCCUGGAGUUGGUGGUAAAGGCGGUAAGAAGCAGAACUACCAGACGAACCAGAACUUUCCAUUCAUGUACCCACCCCUCGAUGCCUCGAGUAACAGCGCAGGCGGUAAGGGCGGUGCUGGGUUACAGGAUUUGCUGGUCGGCAGGAAAUGGGAGGGCAGCGAUGUGCCGGCUUCUAUCCUCGAGGCUGGCGAGCUCUUUUCCAAGCGAGUACGCAUGAGCCGAGCUACUCGCCAGCUAUGGGAUGAACGCGAGGAGUUUCUCAAGUUUGAACGAGGCUAUGAUGCGGACAACGAUAUCAUGGAUGAGCUUGACCUGUCAUCAUUGACCCUCGAGGAGAAGGAGGAGCUCGGCUUGAACAGGUCUGCUGAUGACAAACCCCGUGCGCCGACUACCCCUGGGCCAGACUAUGGGCCCCACGGGGUCAGUCAACAAAUUAAGGGGCGGUUGGAUGCCGUGGAGGAAUUUUACAAAGAGGCACUCCCGCAGCUCCAGUCGUUGGUCAUUGUGCUCCUAAAGCAGAUCACGGCGAUGACUAGUAACUUAGCCUCGCCCCAAACUGCUAACCAGCAAGGUCCGCCCAGCGCGCGGCCGAAUGGUGGCCAGCAAACCGCACCCAGCGGCCCGAACGGUGUCCCUAAGGGUGAUCCAUCGUCGCCGCUAGAUGCGGACGUCGAUGAGCUGCGGAGCCGAGAAAUCGCCGCCAAGGCCGUGACUGGUACCUUGAUACUGCUGCUGAAGUGGCUCAAGCUCUCCCAUGUUCUCAAGUUCGAGUACAUGACCCAGCUCCUGCUAGAUCUCAACUAUCUCCCAAUGGCACUCAAGAUUUUCGCCAUGUACGAUGUUCAGCAGGUCGUCGAGAGCAGGACAGACCGGCUAGAGCAUAGCUUCUUCUACUUCUGCGGUUCCCGCGCGGGCGUCAUCCCGCCGCAACACAACGUCCCGAACCCAACAGCAACUGAAUUCGAGGACAUGAGCGACGACGACGCCGCGCCGCCGCCCAUCAAACGCAAGCGCUCACCCCCCAACGGCCCCUCCUCCGAAACCGAGGGCGCCGACCCUUCUUCACCUCCCCAAUCAUCCGACCCAUCCGCCACCACCUCAGAAACAACCGAAACCACAACCGACCCCCCUCCCCGGCCGGAGGUCGACGAGCUCGGCUACCCGAUCAACCCGCUCCCAACAGAACCCAUCACCGACUUCUCGCGGCGCAACUUCUUCUCCCUGAUCAACUACCUGCGCAUCAUGCAAAAAGUGUGCAAACAGCGCGCCCACCGCAACCUGCUCAUGGUGCAAUACAAGUCCUCCAACAUCCUGCGCAAGGCGCUCAAAGUCCCGCAGCACGAACUGCGCCUCUACACCCUCAAGCUCUUCAAGAACCAGGUGCCCUACACGGGGCGCAAGUGGCGGCAGUCCAACAUGCGCGUCAUCACGGCCGUGUACCUGCACUGCCGCCCGGAGCUGCGCGACGAGUGGCUCGUCGGCUCCGCCGUCGAGGACCAGGUCGACGAGGCCGUGCCCCUCGAGCAGGCCCUCCGCUCCCUCACCCACUGGUCCAACCUGCGCCGCUACCCGGACCAGAUGACCACGGGCGGGAACGGGCCCGGUGGCGCGGCGCUGAUGCGCCAGGCGAUGCGGGAGGAGCAGGACUUUUUUGUGAGGGAGUUGGAGAAGGCCGACUGGAGCUGGCUUGCUGAGGGUGGUGGUGGGGGUGGGGCUGGAGGGGACGAGAGUGGUGGGGAGGGAGGCAUGGGGUGGGAGGAGGGCGGUUGGGGGUGA